AUGACCGAAGAGGAGGACCUGCUGGCCAAAAUCGGCGAGCUGGCCGGUCAGAUCAACCGGCGGAAGCAGCCAAAUGCUCCUCAGCAUACUCUAAAUCAAUCAUCAGGGUACCACCCUCGUCCUAGCUUUCCGUACAGCCCGCGGUCAAUCCCAUAUGUGCGUGGAAGAGGUCAGACAUUCCAAAACAGGUCGCUCAUAGCGAACAAUCGCGCAAAGCCCGUACAAGCUUCUAGUGCUCCCUCCAUUUCCCCACCUGACCAGAUCGAAAUCCCCAGAGCUGAAAAUCUGAACCCCAUGCCUCGUGGCAUUGCAAAAUAUGGACGAGGGGCGAGGGCAUGGAUCAGCGAAGAUGCGCUCAGACAACAACUUGAAAGACAGAAGUACCAUUCGAACAGUCUCCAGGCCACAGGAGAAGACUCUGUCAUACACCAAUCUGUAACCUCUGGGAGUGACACUCCUACGCCUUCAACGGCCUACAUAACUGUUGCAGACAUCCCCUUUCAAGUCACAAAUGGGGGCAGCAAAUUACUGAGAACGACCGACACCUCGACCCUCACGAAGCCCACCCCGAAAGAGGCAGUAGUUAGUGGGGUCAUCUUCAAGCGCUCGAAGAAUGGAAACCUCGUCCGUGCUGCAGUUGCGCACCAGGGGCGCACUCCGCAAAUUGGCAAAGCUAAACUCUGCAGACAAUACACUUCGACUGGACGCUGCUCACGUGGCGACAAAUGCUUCGGCAUCCACGAUGCUGCUCGAACCGCCAUCUGCCCAUCUGUUCUUCGCGGCAUUGACUGUCCUGCCGGCGAGGACUGCGACCUAAGUCACGAGUCGUCAUCAAAGGUUGCGCCUACUUGUUUGCAUUUCCUUCGCGGAAUGUGUACCAAGCACUUCUGCCCGUAUUCACAUGCACCUGUUGAUCCAUCUGCUCCCCUUUGCCGUGGCUUUUCCUACUUGGGAUAUUGCGAGAAAGGCUCGGCUUGUGGGCAAAGGCACUUACGCGAAUGCCCUGACUAUAGCAGCGGCUCUGGUUGUAGACUCAAACACUGCCCGCUGCCUCAUGUUGAUCGUGCCAGUCAGAUGAGGCGCAAUGGAGCUAACAACCCAGGAAAUACGAAGAGAAUGGAAGUAGACGAUGACACUUCUGACGAAGAGACACAGGAUUUAGAUUCAGACAACUUUGAAGAGCCAGAGGAGCUCUUCCGCUCAAGCACCUUUGAGUUUCCUCAGCAGCAGGACUUCGUUGGUCUUACCUAA